UUUUGGGUUGCGUACACAAAUUGCAACUCGCAAUACAAAGAUGCGGUGCAAUUGACUUUGAGGCAGAUCGACGUGAUAAGGCGACUGAUACGGCGAUAUUCCGACGAUUUGCAAUUGGUAACAGAGGCUUCCGAUAUCGAAUCGGUAUGGCAAAAUGGAAAAAUUGCAUCCAUGAUCGCAGUCGAAGGUGGACAUUCCUUGGACUCGAAUUUGGCUGUCUUGAGGCUUUAUUAUCAACUCGGGGUACGAUAUGUCACCUUAACGCACGCCUGCAAUACACCAUGGGCCGACUCGUCCACAGUGGAGGAUAAACCCAAAAGGAACCUUACAGCAUUUGGAAAAAAAAUUGUCCUGGAAAUGAAUCGACUUGGGAUGUUGGUGGAUCUCUCCCACGUUUCACACGAAGUCAUGAGAAACGUCCUUCAAACGACGAAAGCGCCAGUGAUCUUCUCUCAUUCCUCAGCAUUUGAAUUAUGCAAGAUGUAUAGGAAUGUCCCAAAUGACGUUUUACAGUUGGUUAAAAAAAAUGGCGGAGUGGUGAUGGUGAAUUUUUACAGCGAUUUCGUGAAUUGCAACGCCACGAGGAAUGCAAUUAUGCAGGACGUUGUUGAUCACAUUAAUUACAUCCGACAUUUCAUCGGUGUGGAUCACGUGGGUAUUGGCGCCGACUACGAUGGCGUGUCUAAAGUCCCCGAAGGCCUGGAGGACGUUUCGAAGUUUCCGGAUUUGUUUGACCGUCUUCACCAAAAUAAAGAAACCGAGCCCAGCUGGUCUAAAGGCGAUUUGGAGAAAUUAGCUGGAAGGAAUUUCCUCCGGGUUUUCCGAGCCGUCGAAGAGGUGAGAAAUCUUCGAAAAGAAUUUCCUAACUCUUCUCAAAGCAAGAGGAAACGUUUGCAAUGUGGUUGCAUCGAGCAUUGA